AGUGUAAAGUAGUACACACACAAUGUCUUGUUUCUCUACGGAGGGAUGUCUGUGUAACACGGGGAAGUCGCCGUAACCAACAUAGUGGUUGCUAUGGUAACACAGUUUACGCAGCUCUUCGACAAAUGUUUGUAACGUUUGGAACAUGAUAAAUAUUGGUUUUUGGUGUUGAGAAAUGUGAUUCUGUCGCCUUAAAUUUAGUUUUUUUUUUUAAAUAAGGAAAUAACUUAAAGGAAAACAGAUUUUUUUUUACUUUGACAAACUUUGGCUAAUGGAGUCAGAUAAGACCGCGUGUGUUUCUGAUAAAGUCGCCGACAGUUUGUGUGAUGCAUCGGGCUUUCUCACUCUCGCGGUCAACAGGUGCAGGUUGCACGUCACAACUGUCAAGUCACGCGCACCAGAACCAGCAAAGACGGUGACCGAGAUCUUUCACAAAACAAACAUGAACAUCAAGCAAAAGAACAAUUCUACACCAACUUUGUCUGCAGGAAGCCGGUUGCAGACAUGGAGCCGGAGCAGAGCUGCCAAUGAGGACAGAGCAGAUUUGUCUGAGCAGAGUGCAGCACUGUUGGCAGGUGCUGGCCUGGUUCCACACGCAGUAAAUACAGCUAGAAGGAAAUCAAGGAGACCGACCUGCAGUGAAGGGGCCACUUGCUGCCAGCUUGUUGUAGAAAAUCACAAGCAAUCUGGAAGUAAUUACAACACUGUAGCUGGUUUCUCUUUCACCCAGUUGCCUGCUGUUACAAGCUGUCACCAACUUGACUUAGAAAGGCGCUUUCUGAAGAUAUUCCCUCAACUGGAUGACAUGAACGAAGUCCAGUUUCUCAACCUCCAGUGUAACCUGAUCUCAAGGAUCCAGCCUCUGUCACAUCUACAGCAUCUCGUUUUUUUGAACCUCUAUGACAAUUACAUCUCUGAUAUGUCUGGCAUUGAAGUUCUUCAAUCUCUUAGAGUCCUCUUGCUGGGGAGGAACAGAAUCAAGAAAAUUUGCUGCCUGGAAAACCUGUCCAGACUAAACGUCCUGGAUUUGCACGACAAUCAGAUCUGCAGAAUAGAAAAGAUCUCUCACCUGAAUGAGCUACAGGUACUGAACCUCUCAGGAAACUGCAUCUCAAGGUUGGAAAAUCUCCAGGGCCUCAACUCUCUGACUGAACUUAACCUCAGGCGCAACUGCAUCUCUGCUGUGGUUUGUGGAGACUGGGAGCAGUAGCGUCCAGAGCCUGUCCUUGUCUGAAAGUCACCUGGCAGAGCUGGAUGGAGACACCCUGCGUUUAUUCGGACUGGGAGCACUGGAGGCGCUGGAGAGGGGCUGGGGUGUUCAGACUGCAGGUGCCGUCACUGUCAUAACCUUCCGCUACAUAAACUUUGACGGCAUCAUACCUUCACUGCCGAGAAUAAGGGUCAAGUUCCCAAACCUAUCACAUCUGAUCUUUCUGGAGACAAACAUCAGCCGCCUGCCUCAGCUGGCGGCCUUGGCUCAGGUGAGGCGUCUCGAUCAGCUGACCAUCCACCCGGAGGGCAAUCCGGUGGUCAGUCUGACACUGUGGCGCUCAUUUGUCAUCUACCGCCUGUACCACUUCAACCUCCAAAGGAUCAAUGGCCAGGAGGUGACCAUGAAUGAUGUGAUCAGCGCAGAGCGCGUGUUUGGAACACUUGGUCAUGUGGCCGCAACGGAAACUCCGCGUUGCCGUCUCCUUCUCCUGUUGGAGGAGUCAAGGAAGCGGCAGCUGCAGUUCUUGCUGGAGGGGCGUGGCCGGCGGGCGGGGCUGAGUCCAGAUGACCUACGAGAAAAUGGAAAACUCCUGGGUGAAAGCCUAAGCAGAGCACUCUUCAACUACCCAAGCAGGGACUGCAACGCUGAGAGCCCUGAGGAGGGCUCUGUGGAGUCGUCCGAGCGGGCAGCCAUGAUCGAUCAGUACCUCCAGGAGUUGGUCCAAAGCGCAUCAGACACUAACCUGAAGGGCGAGGCUUUACAUAAACUCUGGCCUUCCAUGUUUGCAGAGAUGGUUCGUGACUGUGUGUUGGAGAUGAGGGACCGAGCAGCCUUCCGCCAAACCAGCCUAGCAAAGCUCUCCGAAACCAAGUGAAAAGGACCAAAGCUUCAGUUGUAGCUGUCACAUGCACCUUGUGGACAUUGCUUCUCUCUGCUUUUUACUUUGUCCUUGAUGCAUUAUCACUUAGUGAUUAUCAAUAAUCAGUCUGAGGCUCUUCUUGAGGUGGAUGUAGACUCUUUUAAAGAAUUGUCAGGACAUCUGCAUCUUGGCUGAAUGUAGAUUUCCACUGAAAACUCAGAGUUUAACUCUUCAGAGUUCGAAGCUGUAUUGUACUUGAAGAAACUUACAGGGACCUAUUUGCGUGUGGUUCAUCGUUGACCCGGUUGGAGCAUCUUCUGCACUUUAAAAGCCUCCCAACGACUCCCUGUACUGUCAUGAUCAUCAGCUUAAAAUGACCGGUGUCUCUUGUCUGGAGACUAGAAUGAUUUUUCUGUCAUAUAGCCUCAUACAUGUUCUCUUUUUCUUUUUUCUCCUGCCUGUCAUAAAAAGGUAUUUUUUGUUUACCACCGAUUUUUCUGUAUUGUACUUAGGAUUAAACGAUUGAUGCUGACUUGGUGUGCGUACUCCAAACGCGCCCUUUUCCUUAAGAUCUUGCUGCAGGAAUGAAGACAUCCCGGCCUUUGCUCUAACUAGAGCUUCUGAGUGAAAUUUAAGUUAGAAUUAUGGAAAUUUCCUUUCAUCCCUUUCGCAACGUCUCGUGUUGACCCACACCUCUAAAGGCAAAAAAAUCAUAAGCAUCCUCUGGUUGGUGUGAACCCCAAAGAAAGAAAUGCCCAAGAGUUGAAAAGGCUUUCCGUCGUUGCUCCUUCCUCUAAAUUAAGCUCAAAAAAGAG